AAUCGAAAUCGGGUACGGAACGGAUAACUAAAGUCUGGUGCGGUAUAGCGUGAACGCGAGAAUCAGGAUUAUCCCGUCGAUUGGGCUGGGUUUAUUCGCAGCGGCUUCAACGUCAACUAGCAUCGACAACCCAGAAUGGCGACCACCCGCUGGGACAAGUUCUUGCUGCUGCUGUGGAAGAACUGGAUCAUACAGAAGCGACACUAUUGGCAAACAUUGCUCGAAAUCGUCAUCCCGGUGCUAUGCUGUUCGAUUGUGCUGCUUGUUCGAGGCCUGGCUGAUCCGAGUCCGGUGGAGAAAAGCACAAUAUUCAAUCCUUUGUCAGUGGAUCGGUUCCGGAUGUCUUUCGAUUCGCCAGUAGAGUCUGUGUUGGCAUACUCGCCACAGAAUCCGCUGCUGGAUGCAUUAGUAGCGGAAGCGGCUGAUUCUCUGAAUUUGUCAUGGCAAAAUGUGACAUACAAAGGAUUUGCGAAUGCGCGAGCACUGGAGUCUGCCCUAAUAGAUGAGAACAUGCUGGUCGGAAUAGAGUUUGAUGAUUCGCUGGCGUCCAUCUCCUCAGGCCUACCGGAAACAUUACGCUUCGCAUUGAGAUUCCCCGGUGAGCUUCGAUUCGCUUAUGGGCCGCUGACCAACUGGCAAACUACGCUGCUAAUGGUGCCGUUUUCUCCCCGACUACGGAGUGCCUACAAUGACGAUGGAGGACUGCCAAGCUAUACCAACGAGGGAUUCCUAGCGGUUCAGAGUGCCCUCUCGAAGGCCAUCAUCAGACAGCGCGACCCGGUGAUCGAUUUUCCACACACGUUUAUUAACCGUAUUCCGUAUCCUCCGUACUAUGAUGAUCCAUUGCUGGAGGCGUUGGAACAGAUGCUCGCGGGAAUAAUACUGCUGUCAUUUUUCUAUCCAUGUAUUGUUAUGGUGAAGCACAUUACAAUCGAGAAGGAACGGCAGCUAAAGGAAGCUAUGAAGAUAAUGGGACUUUUCGGCUGGCUGCACUGGGCUGCGUGGUUCGUGAAAAACAUCCUGCUGCUUAUCAUCUCGAUUUCGCUCAUAACGAUUCUGCUUUGCGUUUCAGUUAACAAUGCAUCGGUCUUUGAAAAUUCCGAAUGGACGGCCGUUUGGUUCUUCUUUUUCGUCUACAGCAUCGCCAUCAUCUGUUUCUGCUUCAUGAUGAGUGUUUUCUUCAACAAAGCCAAUCUCGCAGCCGGAAUCGCCGGUCUGAUGUGGUUCGUGUUCCAGAUGCCAUUCAACAUUACAUCGCAAAACUACGAUGAAAUGGGCACCGGUUCAAAGAUCGGUUGGUGUUUGUUUUUCAACUCGGCGAUGUCAUACGGCAUCCUGGGCACGAUGCGAAUGGAGGCAAAUCAGCUGGGUUUGCGGUGGUCCAGUCUGUUCACACCGGCUACCAUCGAUGACGGGUUGAGCGUUGGGCUGGUGAUGGUGAUGCUGCUGGUCGAUGCGUUGAUCUAUCUGCUGAUAGCGUUGUACGUUGAACAGGUGAUGCCGGGAGAAUUUGGUGUAGCGAAACCGUGGAACUUUUUGUUCAGGAUGGAAUACUGGACCAGUCAGAAGAUGAGCGAUGAUGAUAUGGCACCAAGAGGAAUACAGAGGCAGCUUUCCAGGUAUUUCGAGGAAGAACCAACUUCGGCACAUGCUGGAAUUCAGAUUAAGAAUCUGAGAAAGGUGUUCAGCGGAGGCAAGGUAGCCGUUCAGGGUUUGAACCUGAAGAUGUACGAGGAUCAGAUAACGGUUCUUCUUGGACACAACGGAGCUGGUAAGACUACGACGAUGUCCAUGUUGACGGGAAUGUUUUCUCCUUCUUCGGGAACUGCCUAUCUGAAUGGACAUGACAUUCGAACAGAUAUUGAAGGGGUACGGCAAUCGAUGGGAUUAUGUCCGCAGCAUAACGUGCUAUUCAGUGAAAUGACUGUUUCGGAGCAUCUGAGCUUUUUUGGGAGGUUGAAGGGGAUUUCAAAAGCGAAUUUAGCAGCUGAAAUUGAUCGAUACCUUAAAACACUGGAGCUGGAAGACAAACGACACGCUCAGUCUCAGACUCUAUCCGGUGGGAUGAAGCGGAGGCUGGCAGUUGGGAUUGCACUUUGUGGUGGAUCGAAAGUAGUUUUGCUAGAUGAACCGACCUCGGGAAUGGAUCCUUCGGCACGACGUGCUCUCUGGGAUUUGCUGCAGAGAGAAAAGCGGGGUCGAACAAUGCUUCUGUCAACACAUUUCAUGGAUGAGGCAGAUGUUCUAGGAGAUCGAAUUGCGAUUAUGGCUGAGGGUGUACUCAAAACGGUGGGGUCACCGUUUUUCCUGAAGAAAACAUUUGGCGUUGGCUACAGGCUGAUCUGCGUGAAGGGAUCAAACUGCGAUAAGGAACUCCUCUGCGGCAUAUUGAGACGAUAUAUCCCGGAUGUGCGAGUCGAGACAGACAUUGGAUCGGAGUUGUCGUUUGUGUUGAAGGAAGAUUAUAUAAAACUGUUCCAACAAAUGCUGGAGGAGUUAGAAACUCAAAUGGAGCGAUGUGGAAUCACCAGUUAUGGCAUUUCGUUAACCACUAUGGAAGAAGUAUUUCUAAAAGCUGGAAGCGACACUCUCCACGAAACGGACGAGCGGAAUGGAACAGCUAUUGACACAACAGAUCAAAACUACUCUCUGAGCAAUAUUAACCUCCUGAGAGGCGGACAGCUAAUGAUGAAUCAAGUGAAAGCUCAAUUUCUGAAGAAGGCCCUAUCUACGAUUCGGUCCUGGGUCCAGUUGAUCAUCCAGAACCUGAUACCGGUACUAUUUGUUGUGCUAACGUUCGUUAUGACACGAGGCAUUGCUUCCAACAAGGAUCUUCCUCCACUAACUAUGACGAUUGAAGCAUACAAACAGACAGUUACCGUACUGGAAGGUAGCUCAGUCGAUCUGAAUGUGUUAGCUUAUCAAAAACUAUUCGAAAAUAUUGGAGGCUCUCAUCGACUGGACACUAUCACGAUGCCAAUGAAUGAUUACAUUUUGGAACGGUCUAUGGAGUCAAUUUCGGAAGUCAACAUCCGUUAUCUGGUUGGAGCCACAUUCGGCGAGAACUACACCGCCUGGUUUAACAACAAAGCAUAUCACACUGCUCCAUUGUCACUGUCCCUGCUGUACAACGCAGUCCUACGUGCGCAAUGUCCAACCUGCGAACUGACCGUGGUUAACAAACCGCUUCCGUUCAAUAUCUCCACCCAGUUCGACACAAUGAACACUGGACUUAACGCUGGCUUCCAGCUUGCGUUCAACACGGGAUUCGCCAUGGCGUUUGUAGCUGCUUUGUACGUGCUGUUCUACAUCCGAGAACGGACUUCAAGAGCCAAGUUGCUUCAGUAUGUCAGUGGCACAAACAUAACACUGCUUUGGGGUGUUGCUUUCGUGUGGGAUUUCGCCAUGUUUGUAGUCACUUGCUUAAUCUACAUCGCUACGAUAGCGGCAUUCCAGGAGGAAGGAUGGUCCUCGUUCAGCGAACUUGGCAGCGUAUUUCUUCUUUUGAUAUUUUUCGGAGUUGCUUUUCUACCCACUACCUACCUCAGCUCGUUCCUGUUCAAAGCUCCUGCUACCGGAUUCGUCAUAGUGAUGCUAAUUAACAUCGCUUCUGGGUCGAUCUUCUUUACGGCCGUCGUCCUACUUAAGUUUCCCGGUAUCGAUCUGCAGGAUGUUGCGAAUGGGUUGGAGUGGUUCUUCAUGCUGUUUCCGAAUUUUGUCCUUACCCACGGACUAAACAAUAUGAAUCAAAUUGUGAGCUCAAAAUCGUUCUGCCAGAAACGGUGCGAACAGCAGCUCGAUUGUAAACUGGAACUGAUGUGCGAUACCAUAAAAGAAUGCUGCAUACCGGAACUGUAUUCCUUCGACGAACUUGGCAUCAUUCGGCAUCUUAUAACACUGGCUAUCGUCGGGAUAGGAGCGUUUGCUCUGAUUUUAGCCAUCGAAUACAGGUUCGUGGAAAGGCUGUUGCAGAUAUGCCGGCGACCUGGGAAACAACAAUGGACACCACCAGCUUCCGAAGAAGACUCGGAUGUUUUAGCGGAGAAGAAGCGGGUUCAAAUGAUUCCAAAGACGAACAUUGGCAACUACAAUCUGGUUAUGAAAGAUCUCACCAAAUACUACAAGAGAUUGCUAGCGGUUAACAAACUGUCCGUGGCAAUUGAUCGAGCUGAGUGCUUUGGACUGCUCGGAAUCAAUGGAGCCGGCAAAACCACCACCUUCAAAAUGAUGACUGGUGACGAAAGUUUCACUUCUGGUGAGGCUUGGGUUAAGGGAAUUAGUUUGAAGUCGAGCAUGAAUAUCGUUUAUCAGAACAUCGGUUACUGUCCGCAGUUUGACGCUCUGCUAGAGGAUCUCACCGGACGAGAAACGUUGCAAAUCUAUGCCUUGCUGCGUGGCGUUAGGACAGCGGAUGUACCAAAUGUUUCGCUUGCCCUAGCGGAAGAUUUGAACUUCUUGAAGCACAUUGAUAAAAAGGUGAAGGAAUACAGUGGCGGAAACAAACGGAAGUUGAGUACCGCUCUGGCAUUGAUGGGUAAUCCUUCGGUGAUUUAUUUGGAUGAACCUACGACGGGAAUGGAUCCCGGUGCCAAGCGCCAGUUUUGGGAUAUGAUCUGUAAGGUGCGAAGUGCAGGGAAAUCGAUCGUACUGACUUCACACAGCAUGGAGGAAUGCGAGGCGUUGUGCACACGGUUGGCGAUUAUGGUGAACGGGGAGUUCAAGUGCUUGGGAUCGACGCAGCACUUGAAGAACAAGUUUUCCAAGGGCUUCUUGUUGACAAUAAAAGUGAAGAAGACGGUGGAUGGGAUGCUUCAGCAGCAGCAGGUGGAAGGCGCUAAAGCGUUUGUUAUGACGACCUUCAAUGGAGCAGUUCUGAAGGAGGAAUAUCAGGACUCUCUGAGCUUCCACGUACCGCAGACAAAUCUCAAGUGGUCGCAGAUGUUCGGUCUGAUGGAAUCGCACAAGGACCGUUUAGGCAUUGAAGAUUACGCCUUGGGGCAGACCUCACUGGAACAAGUGUUCCUAUUCUUCACUAAGUACCAAAGAAUAGUGUGAAAGAAGUAGUGGUUAUGUACAAAUAUUUAUGAAUAUGUAUAAUUUCUAAGUCUGGAAACUUUUCGAUAAACUCUGAAUUGGGACUA